UUUUACGUAAAACAUAUUUUUAAAGCUCGAAGCGAAUGGCAGCCACAAAUUGCAGAUCUCCUCUUCUUCCCCGAAAAUCUAUUACAUCUCUUCAAACUAAACCUCUAAGCAAGACUUUUAUGCUGUUCAAACCUGCAAAAGUUUCAGUCAACAGAACUCUCACACUCCAAAUUACAUCUUCUGUGAAGAACAACCUGGUUUUCGAGGAUCGUUCUAAUGGUGUGAUUUGCUACAGAGAUGAGGAUGGAGAGAUUAUUUGCGAAGGAUAUGAUGACGAAAAGCCUCGUAUUGAACAAGAGAUCGAGAAAUUACCUUGUGAAAAGUCUCGUCGUCGAAGAUCAGAUAGGGAAUCGGAGAUGGAUCGUCUUCUACUGCAGCAAAAUUGGGAGAAGCGAUUAGAAGCCAUUAAUGGCGGUGCGGGAAGUGGAAGAGGAGAGCUUCGAAUUCGAGCGAAUGGUUACAGUUUGUAGAAAUGCGUUUACCUCUAAAAUGGAAGUUUGCAGCCUACAGGUUGAGUGAAAGAGAAAAUGGGAAAUUGCGGUUAAUCCCUUUUGUGGUAAGUAGUAACCAUGUAAAUCACUGGAGUUUAUAUAUAUAUAUAUAUAAUUUAAAUAA